AUGAACAACGAAUUUGUUAAGACUUGCUCAAUUACAUAAAACAAGGAAGAAUAUAUUUGUAUGAAUGAUCAAUGCUGCAAUUCUAAUAGAAAAUAACUUCACUGUUAUGAGUGCAUCACCAAAAUCCAUCGACAAAACAAUAAUAAUUUUGUCAAUCAUCUUGACGAUUUCAAGAAAAUAAAUUUGAUAAUGUAAGAAGUCGAUAAAAAGAAAAAAGAAAGAAUUACUUUUUUGAAUCAAAUCAUUACAACACUCAAUGAUUUUAAGAAGGAGAAGUUUUAAAUUAUCGAAGGCUAUUAAAAUAAUCCAAAAGAAUUUUUAGAAUAAGUUAAAUCUUAUGUGGAAAAGGAGAUUGAUUAGUUGAUCCAAAAGUUUUAUGAAUAAAUUAUGGAAAUGAAUAAAUUUACAGAAUAUUAGUAGCAACACCAUGUGUUUAUGCUUAAGCUCUAUUCACAGCCCAUAAAUUAAUACACCGAAGAUAUUUUACAAAAAAAGAGUCAACUCUAAGGCAAAUUGAACAAUUACAUCAAGAAGAUGGACUUGGAUUUGCAUCAAUAGAUUGCUAAAUAUCUACAAAAAUAAUAACUUUUAGAACAGUAAAUGCAGUAGUUGAUAAAAUAACCAAGUAUAACAAAUUCAUUUAUAUUCAAAUCUACAGUAGUUUUGAUUUUGCUGGUCAUUGGAUUGAAUCCCAUAAUUAUGUAUUAAGAUUUCAAUGGAAGGAGUGAAUUAUAAUAAAAGAUGGAUGAAUUUCAAACUCUUGUAAAAGAAUUACAAGGAUAAAUGGAAAAAAAAGAGAAUUAUGGAUGUUAGGAGUUGAAUAGUAAUGCGUAGUAAUAAAUGAAUAGAAUGCAGGAACAGAUAGAUAUGAUAAACUAAUAAAUGAAUCAAGCUGAAACACCAUACAAUCAGUUUAAGAAUUACUUUAAUACAAAAUUAAAACAAUAUAAUGAAACUGUCUAUAAUUCAUUAUCUGAAAGAAUAAAUCUAUAAGGAGAUAGAUUCAAACAAAUAACUUAAUAAAUUUUAGCAUAAAAUUAAAUGAAUGAUAAGAUACUUUCAGAUACUAAUCGAACAUCAUCCGUCUUAUAUUACUAAUAAAUAAGGGUUAUGAAAUUAGAAGAAGAUUUGAGUAUGGUUAAUAAGAAUAUUAGUGCAAAUUAUGAAGCAAUCGAAUGGUAUAAAUUAUAGCUAAUUAAUAAUCUAAUGAAAAUUCACAAUAGACAAAUUGAAACUCAAAAUCGAGACGAAAUUGCCAAAAAAUUAGUUGGGAAAAUUCAUGUUGAUUUAAAUUCUAAAGAAUUGGAGAACUUUGUGAUCAUUUAUGACGAGUUACUUACCAAAACAUUUAAUAGAAAAAUAGUCAGAGAAAUUUAGAGUAUUAUUAAAAAUGAUACAAUAUUAUGCAUUGGCGGAAUGAAGGUUGAGAAUCCAGAGGUAUUAUUGGUAGUAGGUUGUGAUUAUCAAUAAGAGAUAUUUUAAUUCACGUACCAUUGGCAACAUGCAAGGAAAAGCUCAUCGGGAGAUAUUUAUUGGUAUAUGGCUUAUCCGGUUGCCUUUGGAUUCUCACCAACAGAAGAUAUUUAUCUAACAUUAUGUGAUGACUUGGAUCCAAAUGACAAGAGAAGAUUCAGUUAUUGGUUUGAGAAUGGUGAAGAUGGCGGAAGAAGAAUAGGGAAUUAAACUCAAUUAAUCAACUCUAUAGAAUAUAAAAUGAUGAUCUAUGCUUUUUGA